AUGGCUCAGUCUCGGUUUGCCACGGUAACUAGCGACGAAAUUUCGAAAAUAAAUGAAGAGGCCAUACCAGACAACACUAAAAAAGCAACAAAAUUCGGUCUAGCAGUUUUCACAGGUAAAGCUUUGUCUGUUUAACCUGAAUUUUAUCGAUGAAACCGGUGAAAAAGUUUUUUGUUUACAAAUGCAAAUUAUGUCUUUCGUUACUUAAUGUUAGCUGACAUGUUUAUAAAUAAGCUUCCUUUUUUACUGAAUGGUUUCAGAUGCAAGAAGAGUUCAAAACUCCCUUUGAGGAGAUGUCACCAAUUCAGCUUAACAAAUGCCUCCAAAAAUUUUACUUGUCCGCACGUAAACGUGACGGCAGUUACUACAACAAAAAGUCGCUUAUCGCAAUCCGAGCCGCGUUAGAUCGUCACUUAAAAAGUCCUCCGUUUUCAAAGCCAUUUUCCAUUGUUGGCGACAGUCAUUUUAAUGAAGCCAAUAAAUCCCUCAGCAAUUUUCUGAAAACUCUGAGCAAAAGUGGCCAAAUAGCUCCGACAGUGCACAAACAAGCCCUAACAAAGGAAAUUGUUGAGAAACUUUACGAAGAAGGCGAGCUUGUUGACAUCGAUUCUCUCCAACCACACAAAGUACAGCAGACGGCCUGGUUCUUCAUCAGUUUAUUCCUCGGAAAGAGAGGUCGAGAAAACCAGCACCUGCUUAAGAAACACAUGCUUAUCUCAAGGGAAGCGCCAAAUGGUGAAAAAUAUCUGAAAUAA